UGUAAUCCAUAAACGCUAGUUUUGUGACUAAUCGCGGACAAAUCAUCAGGUCAUAGUUCUGUUUAAAAGAAAUAAGUGCUAUGUGGAACAAACAUGCGUCAUAAAAUGAAUGUAUAAUUAUGCGCAAUUCACACGUGUAAAAAUAACGCGAGUCUAUCAUUGUUUAAUAUUUUAAUUUGAUUUGAAUGGGGAGGGAUGUUGGAAACACGCUCCGCCGUUUACAAAAUGAUAAAGGUGGAAGCCCAUGACGAGCGGAAGGUAACCGACUGGCCGCCACCGUUCUCGUCCGAAAUCACUCCGUACACCGAAAGCGAUUUUGGCAGUUUGAUCAGACGAACGUGCGACAAUAAGAGCUUGACACUUCGAAUUUCCAAGGUGAUCGUCAUCGGCGAUGUGGCUGUCGGCAAGACGUCACUGGUGAACCGUUUUUGCCAUAAGCGCUUCGACAACAAUUACAAGGCUACCAUCGGGGUGGAUUUCGAAGUUGAGAGAUUCGACAUCCUCGGCGUGCCCUUCCACCUGCAGAUAUGGGAUACAGCGGGGCAAGAAAGAUUCAAGUGCAUAGCAGCUUCGUAUUAUCGUGGCGCCAACGUGAUCAUGGUCGUCUUUGAUCUGGGAAACGCGAUGUCGCUAUUGCAUUGCCAGCAAUGGUUGAACGAGGCCAGUCGCAGCAACGUCGGUCCUUAUCACAUUUUUCUAGUCGGAACGAAGAAAGACUCGCUGUCCCACCCGGUAUAUGAUAUAAUUGAGGAACGAGCGACGGAAGUAGCGAGGAGGAUGCGAGCGGAAUAUUGGGCGGUCUCGUCAAGGACGGGCAACGGAGUGUCGGAGCUGUUCACGCGCGUCGCCGCGCUCUCCUUCCACGCGAUGGCCCUGCGCGAGAUGCACAGUCUGAAGCUCGAGCCGAUCAACAUCGGCUCGGCGAUGACGAUAACCUUGAAACGGCAGUCGAAGGAGGCCGAGAUGAAGUCACGGAGGAUGCCCAAGUGCCUCAAGUGUCCGACAUGAUGGCUGAAUCUAAUAUAGUAAAUGGUGUGAGUAAGAAUAAAAAAAGGAGCUCGAUUAUUGAUGUAAAUUUUUAUAUAUGUAUUUAUUAUAUAAUAAUAAUAAUAAUAAAUAAUAAAAGCGACGCAAGGAUAACAAUCCUGAUAGA